AUGCAUCAGACUACAAAUAUGUACCAGUACAGUACCUCGAUCAUCGCAGCAUGUGUCACUGUCAUCGUUAUCCUUGUUGUGGUCAUCGUGGUCUUACUCGUCUACAUUUGGAAAAGAAAAGAAAAGUCAGCAAGGAAAAGAAGUUUGUCAGGUAUUAAAGGGGAGGACCUUGGAGCUUACGAGAAUGCCAAUCAGAUGGACGACGCCUCAAAUGUACGAGUGCAUGAGUCAGCCAAGGCAAGAAUUGCCGAUAAAGAAAUUUAUGAAACAAUCUGUGAAAACAGAGAUGAAGACGCCAGCACUCACCUCACGUCCACUCACCAAGGUGUAGCUUCUUUAUCUGCAAAAGAGAUGAAUACACGUGAUUCUUCAGCCGGUGCACUGCAGGGCCAAAACACCGUACCUUCAUUGCCACAGCAUUACGAAGAACUUACAAAUCUACCAAAGGGCCAAUUAUACGAGCCUCUUAAUAAACGCCACAUUAAGCAUAGCACUGAUGCGGCUGAUAAUCCAAGAACAUACGAACAACUGCAGCAGGAUGUGACAGGAAAAGAGUACCAGUCGUUGCAAAUCAUCUCAAAAAAAGAAGAAAGCAAAGUGUGAUUUUUUGUGUGUUUGUGUUUGGUCGCGAGUCAAAAGUAUUAAAGAGAGUUGGUUAACUCUUCAAUAUUGGCAA